GCACCAAAAUCAACAAUGGCGGCUUCAUCUUCUCUCCUCUGUAACCCCAUAUCCACCACCAAACCACAAAUCUCCAAUCACCCCACCCUCAACUUCACCUUCACUUCCGGUUCCACCUCCUCCGCCCUCAUUCCAUCCCGGAGAAAGUGGUUCACACGCGCCACCGUCAAGUCGGCUGCAAAAACAGUUGAUAAGGAGUCGCGGUUGGUGGAAGAAUCGGUGAACACGAUCCGGUUUCUGGCAGUUGAUGCGGUUGAGAAGGCGAAUUCGGGUCACCCUGGGUUGCCCAUGGGCUGUGCUCCCUUGGGUCAUAUUUUGUUUGAUGAAGUCAUGAAGUAUAACCCGAAGAAUCCAUGCUGGUUUAACCGUGAUCGGUUUGUGUUGUCGGCUGGUCAUGGCUGCAUGCUGCACUAUGCUCUGCUUCAUCUCGCUGGUUACGAUAGUGUUCAGGAAGAAGACUUGAAAAGCUUCAGGCAAUGGGGAAGCAAAACACCUGGACACCCUGAAAACUUUGUGACACCAGGAAUUGAAGUCACAACUGGACCCCUUGGUCAGGGUAUUGCUAAUGCGGUUGGUUUAGCCCUUGCAGAGAAGCAUCUAGCAAGCCGAUACAACAAACCAGGCCAUGAGAUUGUUGAUCAUUACACGUACGUUAUACUUGGUGAUGGUUGCCAAAUGGAAGGGGUCUCAAAUGAAGCUUGUUCUCUUGCUGCACAUUGGGGGCUCGGGAAGCUAAUAGCUUUCUAUGAUGACAAUCAUAUCUCUAUUGAUGGAGACACAGAUAUUGCUUUCACCGAGAAUGUUGACAAGAGGUUUGAAGGAUUAGGGUGGCAUGUAAUUUGGGUGAAGAACGGUAAUUCCGGAUAUGAUGAAAUACGUGAAGCGAUUGAGGAAGCUAGGUCUGUUACAGAUAGGCCGAGUUUGAUCAAGGUUACGACUACGAUUGGAUUUGGAUCACCAAACAAAGCUAACUCAUAUAGUGCUCAUGGUAGCGCGUUGGGAGCUAAGGAAGUCGAGGCCACAAGAAAAAAUCUUGGAUGGGCCCACGAGGCGUUUCAUGUGCCUGAUGAUGUUAAAAAGCAUUGGAGUCAUCACAUUUCUGAAGGAAAAGUUGUUGAAACUGAGUGGAAUGAAAAGUUUGCGGCAUAUGAGAACAAGUACAAGGAAGAUGCCACAGAGUUGAAAGCUCUUAUCAGCGGUGAAUUGCCCGUUGGUUGGGAAAAAGCUCUACCGACUUACACUCCAGACAUCCCGGGAGAUGCCACACGAAAUCUUUCACAACAGUGCUUGAACGCGUUAGCGAAAGUUCUACCCGGGCUUCUCGGAGGCAGUGCAGAUCUCGCAUCCUCCAACAUGACUCUUCUAAAAAUGUUUGGAGAUCUUCAAAAAGAGACCCCCGAAGAGCGUAACAUCCGGUUUGGUGUCCGGGAGCACGGGAUGGGAGCGAUUUGUAACGGAAUCGCUCAUCACACAAAAGGACUCAUUCCCUACUGUGCAACUUUCUUUGUUUUCACAGAUUACAUGAGACCCGCCAUUAGACUCGCUGCACUAUCCGAAUCUAGAGUGAUUUACGUCAUGACCCACGAUUCGAUCGGUCUAGGGGAGGAUGGGCCCACUCAUCAACCUGUAGAACAUAUAUCAAGUUUCCGAGCCAUGCCCAACAUCCUCAUGCUCCGACCUGCUGACGGGAACGAAACUGCCGGUGCUUAUCGCGUUGCGAUUCUCAACACAAAACGCCCUUCGGUUUUGGCACUCUCGAGACAAAAGCUUCCGAAUCUAAACGGAACGGCGAUAGAAAAAGUCGAGAAAGGCGGAUAUGUUUUGUCAGACAAUUCAUUAAACAACAAACCGGAUGUGAUCCUGAUCGGAACAGGGUCGGAACUAGAAAUUGUAGUGAAGGCGGGUGAUGAGCUGAGGAAAGACGGAAAGGCGGUGCGGGUGGUGUCGUUUGUUUCGUGGGAGCUUUUUGAUGAACAAAGUGAUGAAUAUAAAGAAAGUGUGUUGCCGAGUGGUGUGACGGCUCGGGUUAGUAUCGAGGCGGGGUCCACAUUUGGGUGGGAGAAGUUGGUCGGAAAGAAAGGGAGGGCCAUCGGGAUCGAUAGAUUCGGGGCGAGUGCGCCAGCAGGCAGGAUAUAUAAGGAGUUUGGACUUACAGUUGAAGCUGUAAUUGAAGCAGCUAAGGCAGUUUGCCAAGGAUAAUUUCUUUAUCUUUUUUUUUUUUGUUAAUGUGUUAGAAAUUUAAAUAAGAGAUGAAAUAAUGAUUAAUGAGUGAUAGCAAACUGGUAGGCUAGAAUUCGAAAACCCCACUUUUCAUAAAUAUGUUGUGUACUAAAUUAUCUUAGAUGGUCGUUUGAAACUUAAUUGUUUUAAAAGGAGUAAAUUACUGUCAUUUAUC